UUGGAGAUUUAAACAAACAAUAUAUUUAAGAGCUCUCUUCUUUCCAAAUAAAGAAAUACAUCUUGUAAAAAAUUUAUUAUUAUUUUAAAGCAUAUGUGUAUAGUUGUUCCCUUUUCAUACAAUUUGAGGAGUUGACAAACCUUUGUUUGGAUGAAUCCAAGAAGUUUACCCGUGGCUGGCUCUCUGGAUUCUCCUGAUCCAGUUUUGGAAAGGGUUCUUACAGAGGAUACUAAUAACAGUAGCCAAGGCGGGGAGAGGAACUUCUUAGCUCAUCAACCAAUUUUGCUGGAUCAGGUCUCCAAUUCUUUCAGAAGAGAAGUAGUGAACAGAUCCUUUUCCAUGAAGGUUGCGAAUAGAAACGAUGAAGAUUUGGAAAAUGGGAUGUUGGAGAAAGAUACGGAGAAGUCAGUACGCAGCAAUAAAGUUGUUACAGUGCACAACAAGGCCUUGCUAUCUGGAGUCGCUUACUGUAUUUCUUCCUGUAGCAUGAUAUUAGUGAAUAAGUAUGUACUUUCCAGCUAUGACUUUAAUGCGGGGAUAUCAUUGAUGGUCUAUCAGAAUUUUGUCUCAGUGGUGGUGGUUUCUUCCUUGAGAGUUUUUGGGAUAAUUUCUACGGAACCACUUACUUGGAGGCUAGUCAAAGUCUGGUUGCCUGUUAAUGUUAUAUUUGUUGGGAUGCUUAUAACAAGUAUGUUCAGUCUAAAGUACAUCAAUGUUGCUAUGGUCACUGUCCUGAAGAAUGUCACUAAUGUGAUAACUGCUGUUGGUGAGAUGUAUUUAUUCAACAAAACCCACGAUAACAGAGUUUGGACUGCUCUUUUUCUGAUGAUUAUUUCAGCAGUUACUGGAGGAAUUACCGAUCUUUCUUUUCAUGCCAUUGGUUAUACAUGGCAGAUCAUUAAUUGUUUCUUGACAGCAUCAUAUUCUUUGACUCUUCGCAGGGUCAUGGACACUGCCAAGCAGGUGACUAAAUCUGGGAACCUGGAUGAAUUCUCCAUGGUCCUGUUAAAUAACACUCUUUCACUGCCUUUGGGCAUUUUGCUUAUAUUACUUUUCAACGAGGUGGAUUAUCUUUCUAGAACACCACUGUUACAAUUACCAACAUUCUGGUUAGUGACAACCUUUAGUGGAUUUUUGGGAUUAGCAAUUAGCUUCACAUCCAUGUGGUUUCUUCAUCAAACAAGUGCCACUACUUAUAGUCUUGUCGGAUCACUAAAUAAGAUACCUCUCUCUGUUGCUGGUAUUUUCCUUUUCCAUGUUUCAACCAGUCUGGAGAACUCUGCCAGUAUAUUAUUUGGGCUGUUGGCUGGAGUAUUUUUUGCCCAAGCAAAGAUGCAGGAUAAAUCUCAAACUCGAUCCUGAAUGUCAAAACUAACACCCUUUACUUUGUAAAUUAUGUCUUCACUUGAAUUGUAAAGCUUGUUGUAUACCAAAAACUAUGACAUGAUCAAUCAAUUCAAGAGAUAGUUCAAGAUUUUCAUUCAUCAAGAA